GCGACCGUGUACGGCACCAGUUCGGAUCAGCACCUCAAGUCGGCGAUCCGCGCAACUUCUGUGUUGAAGGACGUCUUGCUGCAGUGCGCCCAUUUGUCUGACAUGCUGGACGAGGUCACGAAGCUUGCCGAGAAGGAGUUCAAUAUCCCCAAGGCAGCUGCAGUGGAGGACACCUCGGCGAAAAAAACCGACACAGGUGCCUUCAGCCUCGUGGAAGAAAUUGGGCAGAAGGUCGUGGAUGUGGACGAGGAGCACGAGCUGGAGCAGUGGAAGGAGCUUGUCCAGAACAAGUGUGACACGUUUCUGAAGUUUGUUGUGGACCGCAGCGACAGCUUCAAGGAUUUGGCGGAGGAUUUGAAAUCCACAAUCCUGCCCACCCUGGAGCCCUACAAGCCGGAUGAUCCGCCGAAAAACCAUGGCCAUGUGAUGCUGCUGAUGGAUACGAAGAUCAUGGGCGAAUCCAACACCCAGGCGCACUGUCGACUGCCUGUCUUUCAGGAUGCCAGGAUGACCAGGUACGUCCAUGCUUUCCUUGCCGCCCGCAGUCGCCCGGAAGACACGUCCGGAGAAACUUGGCAUGAGGAUUGA